UAGCGGUGACCCGUCGUUCCCUUCGGUUUUGUGGCACUCGCUCUCCGGUGUGCCUCGCCGACGGACUCCGAAGCUGAACCCCACCGCCGGGUGCGCAUCACUUCCUUUUAGGUGUAGCUGCGUUUUAUCGCCUCUAUCCCCCAGCGGAAGGUCUCCCCGGAAUCCGCUGGUAAACGAUACUUGGUUAAACGGGGUUAUUUUUAGUCGCCUACGGCAGCGAUGAGUGGCUGGAUGCCGGCCGUGAGAGCGAGCAGCGUUACGCGGUGGUGAAGUGGAGCUCCAGACUGGCGUUCAAGCGACAAUGAAGUCGAGGAGAGAUAAACUGAAGAUCCCCUCUCUGACUCUGGAUUUAUCACCCACAUGCCAGAGCCCCACCCUCCUGAGUCCAUGCAGCCCCUGCAGCCCCUGCAGCCCCUUACAAACCCUUCAUCCCUGGAGCUGUCGCAGCAGCAACAGGAAGAGCCUCGGUGUCGGGACGCCCUCACCCACGCUGUCACGGCCGCUCUCGCCGCUCUCCUUCCACACCGCGGCGAGCAGCCCUCUAGACAGCCCUCGAAAUGUGUCCACCAAUGCCUGCCUCAACUUUCCAUUUGCCCGAAGAGCUGAGGGCCGGCGAUGGUCCCUGGCGUCCCUCCCCUCAUCUGGCUAUGGAACCAACCCGCCGAGCUCCACCGUCUCGUCGUCCUCGUCCUCCCAGGAGCGUCUUCACCAGCUGCCCUACCAGCCAACGCAAGACGAGCUGCACUUCCUCUUCAAACACUUCCGCAGCACAGACAGCAUGACAGACGAGGACGGACGGCCCUCGCCGGUCAUACGGCCUCGGUCGCGGAGCCUCAGCCCUGGGCGAUCAAGCGUCUCCUUCGAUAAUGAGAUAGUCAUGAUGAACCAUGUUUACCGAGAACGUUUUCCAAAGGCCACAGCCCAGAUGGAGGAUCGCUUGUUGGAGAUUGUCACCCACUGCUCUCCAGACAGCUCCCUCCCGCUGGCUGACGGGGUGCUGGGCUUCAUCCAGCACCAGUUGGUCGAGCUGGUCAGAGACUGUCUGGACAAGUCCCAGAAAGGCCUGGUGACUUCCCGCUACUUUGCUGAGCUGCAGGAGAAGCUGGAAAAGCUGCUACACGAGGCCUACGAGCGCUCUGAAAGCGAGGAGGUAACCAUCAUCACCCAGCUGGUCAGGAAGAUCCUCAUCAUAAUCUCUCGGCCGGCCCGCCUCCUUGAAUGCCUGGAGUUCGACCCGGAGGAGUUUUAUCAUUUACUCGAGGCAGCGGAGGGUCAUGCUAAAGUUGGCCAGGGGAUCAAGACGGACAUCCCACGGUACAUCAUCAGCCAGCUGGGCCUGACGCGGGACCCGUUCGAAGACAUGGUACAGCUUGAGCAGUAUGAUGCCAGCCCUACAGUGUCGGUGGAAACAGAUGCAGCUGUGGAGAAUAAGGCCCCACAGACGCUGACUCCAACUCGAAGAAAGCCCCUUGAGAGUGAUUUUGAGACCAUCAAACUCAUCAGUAACGGAGCUUAUGGCGCGGUGUAUCUGGUCCGCCACAAGGAGACGCGCCAACGCUUCGCCAUGAAAAAGAUAAAUCGCCAGAACCUUGUGCUGAGGAACCAGAUCCAGCAGGCGUUUGUGGAGCGGGACAUCCUGACCUUUGCCGAGAACCCGUUUGUUGUUUCUAUGUUCUGCUCUUUUGAGACACGACGUCACCUGUGCAUGGUCAUGGAGUACGUAGAAGGUGGAGAUUGCGCCAACUUGCUCAAGAACAUGGGCCCGCUGCCCGUGGAAAUGACAAGGAUGUACUUUGCUGAAACAGUCCUGGCUCUGGAGUACCUUCACAACUAUGGCAUUGUGCAUCGGGAUCUCAAACCUGACAAUUUGUUGAUUACAUCCAUGGGCCACAUCAAGCUGACGGACUUUGGUCUGUCCAGAAUCGGCCUGAUGAACAUGACCACCAACCUCUACGAGGGUCACAUGGAGAAAGACACGAGAGAAUUUAUUGACAAACAGGUGUGUGGAACUCCAGAGUACAUCGCCCCAGAGGUGAUCCUCAGACAGGGCUACGGGAAGCCGGUGGACUGGUGGGCGAUGGGGAUCAUCCUCUAUGAAUUCCUGGUCGGCUGCGUUCCGUUUUUUGGAGACACUCCUGAAGAGCUUUUCGGACAAGUUGUCAGUGAUGAAAUCAUUUGGCCUGAAGGAGACGAUGCCCUACCUGCUGAUGCCCAGGACCUGAUCACUCGCCUGCUGAGGCAGAGCCCUUUGGACCGAAUGGGAACAGGUGGAGCCUCAGAGGUGAAGCAGCACCCGUUCUUCCUGGGCUUGGACUGGAACGGACUCCUCCGGCAGAAAGCUGAGUUCAUCCCUCAGCUGGAGGCGGAGGACGACACCAGCUACUUUGACACUCGCUCAGACCGCUACCAUCAUUUGGCUUCUGACGAGGAUGAAGAAACCAAUGACGAAGAGUCUUCCCUGGAAAUCAGGCAGUUUUCUUCCUGGUCGCAUCGCUUCAGCAAGGUUUACAGCAGCACAGAACAUCUGGCGACGCCGUCCAACCUGAGCUUCUCCUCGGACCGCAGCCACAGCGAGGACAAGGAGGACCGGGGAGACAUGGGAGGACUCGGUCCCACCCCGAGCCCAGCAGAUGGCAGUGUGGAGCACAGGCAUUCUGGACGCAUGGCCAGCCUUCGCCCUCGGGCCUCCUCCAGCUCCUCCCAGUCUGAGAGGAGCACCAGUCCCCUGGUGAUGAGCAGCACUCACAGCCUGGAAACGAUGCCCCGCUUUGCCCUGUCCACCGAUGAUGAAGCUGAGGUGGUGGUGUCAAACCUUCGGAGGAUCAGGAUUCGCAGCAACAGUACCGGUGGCAAACACUCAUCCCCCAAGGACCCGGCCGGCCCUCGACGCUUUGGUAACCAGCUGGAGACGCCGGACAGACAGAGGCUUCCCUGUGGAGGGAAGGUUCCCAAGUCAGCCUCCGUCUCAGCCCUGUCCCUCAUCAUCACUACAGAUGACUCGCCUAGCAGCCUCCAGCCCGGCCCCAUCUCCCCUCGCUCUCUGUCUUCCAACCCCUCGUCUCGUGACUCGUCCCCCAACCGGGAUCUGUCGCUGAGCCCCAGCAGCCUGAGGCCGCCGAUCGUCAUCCACACCUCAGGGAAGAAGUACGGCUUCACCCUGCAGGCCAUCCGGGUCUACAUGGGCGACAGCGACGUCUACACUGUGCAUCACAUGGUGUCGAGUGUGGAGGAGGGCAGCCCGGCUCACCAGGCAGGUCUCUGCACCGGAGACCUCAUCACCCACGUGAACGGAGAGUCCGUUCAAGGCCUGGUCCACCCAGAGAUGAUAGAACUGCUGCUGAAGAGUGGCAACAAGGUGGCUCUGCAGACCAUAGCGCUCGAGAACACGUCCAUCAAAGUCGGUCCAGCUCGAAAGACCAAACACAAAGGCAAGAUGGCUCGUCGCAGCAAGAAGAGCAAGAGGAGAGAUAAUUAUGACAGGCGACGAAGCAUCUUGAAGAAACUGUCCAAGCAGAGCACGGUGAUGCACAGCAGUCGCAGCUUCUCCUCAGGUCUUCAUCACUCCGUCUCCUCCAGCGAGAGUCUUCCAGGCUCCCCGACUCACAGCCUCUCCCCCGGCCCCUCCACGCCCUGCCGGAGCCCCGCACCCGACCACCAAGGCUUUGACAAUAACUCUCCUCAGAGCACAUCUCCUUGCUCCAGCUCUCCCAGCUCCCCCGCUGCACACAUCCGGCCCAGCUCGCUGCACGGCCUGGGCUCCAAACUGAGCACGCAACGCUACACCAAGGUGGGCCGCCGGAAAUCCACCAGUAACAUCCCCCCCUCACCUCUGGCCUGCAACUCCUCCUCGUCCUCCAACCAGCAACUUUCCCCGCAGCGCUCACCUUCUCCGCUGCCGGGCUUCGCCAAAACCCUGCACACCUACCACGGCAAAACCCUGUCGCCCCCCACCAUCGUCAGACACAUUGUUCGGCCCCGCAGCGCCGAGCCGCCUCGAUCUCCUCUGCUCAAGAGGGUGCAGUCAGCUGAGAAACUGUCCGGCGUGUAUCAUGCUGACAAGAAGUCAUACGCCCCCCGCAGGCACACGCUGGAAGUGCCGUUUUAUGGCGAGGGUGAUCUGCUGGGGGACUCGGAGGUGGAGGGGAGCUGUGGAGGCUUUUACCUCGGGGCUGACCACAGCAGACUGGGAGGUUACAUAAGCAGCCAAAGGAUCGAGCGAUCGGAGCAGCUGGUCGUGAUGCGGAAGCUCAACCUAUCGGAGCGGCGGGACUCCUUCAAGAAGCAGGAGGCAGUGCAGGAGGUGAGCUUUGACGAGCCGGAGGAGAAAACCGGCACCACGGCGACCGGGACCGCAGCAGCUCCAGGAGCCCAAACGCAGCCCCAGCAGCACCAGCACAGGACGGUCUGGAUGAACACCCGACCCCAGACCAGCGUGGAGGUGGAGCUGGAGGUGCCGGUGGUGAGGAGGUUCACGCUGGUGCCCCAGAUCGCUGUGCAGGGCUCGACGGAGAGCGAGGAGCAGGACGAGUGGGAGCCGUGCUCAGACGGAGAGGAAACCAACGACAAGCCCGAGCCGGAGACGGACGCCGCCUCAUCUCAGCAGCAGCAGCAGCAGCAGCAAACACAACGUCCUCUCGCUGACAGCAGCUGCACUCAGGCAGCAGAAACCACUUCCACCAGUCCUCAAGCUGCACCGGCAUCAGAGAAGACUGAGCGCAGAGAGGAAACUCCACAAAAAGGGCAUCAGAGAAAGUGACAGCUCUCUCACUUUGACUGCUCAUAUCGUUCCUUUUAAGGCUUUCAAGGAUAACAUGAAUUGCAAGAUGAGUUGUUUCCAGCGAGACCCAGACGAACUUCAAGUUGUAAACACAUUUACAAAGUUGUCUGGCUGAAGGAAGAGGAGACGAUCUUACUUGAAUUUUGUAUUGUAAAUAUUUGCCUUCAGGCAGACUCUCUGGUCUUAUUUAUUACGUUUGUAAAGUAUGAUGCGUUCGUAACAGGGAAAGAGGGAAGUUCUCAUUGGUUGACUAGCCAAGGCUCAACAUUUUUGUAUCCAUGAAAUGUGGUUUUAUGUCUUUUGGAUGGAUUUUUUUCUAAAAAUGUCUAUUUUUUAAAUAUAUUGCCGUGAUACCGAGUAGUGGAGGGAACGCUGGGCUCAACUGUUGUGGGACCAAAAGGUACGAAAAGUCAGAAGUCAUGUUUUUUUUUUCCUCCCUUCCGUUGAAGACUGCAUCUUCUGUAGUGCUGCUGUUCACGGACUAAAGAACGAGCUUCGGUUCACACUGUGAGCAACAUGACUGAUUUAUCUUUUUCAGAUCGUUUGUCAGAUGGAGUUUUGUUCAUGUUUUGCUUCAGUAUUUCAUAGCAUUACGUCUUCUCAGAGGUUUCGCCACCGUGCACUAAUCAGACCACAGGAAAAACUAAAUAUAUUAUUCACGAAACAGUCACACCAGCAGGGGAAUAAGAUGUCACUGGCUUAUCGGUCGUGUUCCUUGCAGUGUGAACCGUUGUUUUUCUUUCACGUGGAACCGGUCCGUACAGGGUGACGUCACAAAUCACACUGAGACACUACGCAGCUGCGACUUUAAAGUACAAUCUGCUAAGAAGACGCCAUCAAGUCGACUCAAAGGGUGCCACGAUAUCAUCACAGUGUCCUCUAAGCCAUAUCUCUGAAGACAGAAAUGUGAGGAGACAUGUUUGUAGUUUCAACUCAACACAAAGACUUUUUUUUUUUAUGUGUCUUUUCUCCACUGGCGUAGUAAUCUUGACAUCACCUCAUGACAAUGAUGAUGAAGCUCCACACGGUGCACAUUCAUGUUUGCGUCUGCUGCUUUUUGAGAUCCGAUUUGAACGCUCGAUGCGGCUCGACUUUGUGUCUCGCUGUAAAAACACUGAGCUGCCAAACUGAGGUCUGUGUUUUCUCCGGAGCCUGGAUCGUCUUUGGCUUGUUAAAAAAAGAAAAGAAAAGGUGUUUAUUCUUUGGCUUUCUUUACCACAAACAACACAUUCUAAGCUUUGUAAGUGUCGCAUCCUCGUAGCGUUCGUCUUCAUCUUGUUCACAAUCACGUUGAGUGACGCCUACAUGACCUGUUCCCUUUUAAUUUACUGUGUAGUGAUGUUUACAUCGGAGGGGCAAGUGCACUAAUGUAUUUUGACAUAACUUUUGUACCUGAAUGUGAAAGGUAAACUGAAAACAGCAGAGGGACACAUUCACAGUGAAUCCAAACCCAGGGCUUCUUUGAACAAAUGUUGUGUUUUUUUUGUCUUUGUAUUGUACAAAUAUUGAUGUAUAUUUUGGUAACAAGGAUGUGUAUAAUUCCAAAUGUGCUGAAGUACAUAAUAUGCACAAUGACAAUUUGUGGCACCGGGAUUUUUGGGGGAAUUCAGACUUGAGGGAAGGAGCUGGCUGGGAUUCAGCACAGGUUGGCUUCACAUGACACUUUUCCACUACAGAGAUGGAGCGUUGAGGGUUAUUUUCUUAUUCAUCAGUGGCUGUUGCUGGCUUUUGUACUGACUUCCUCUGAGUCUUCUGUUUAUAAAGCAUCAAAAUUGUUGCUCUGUUACGUAAACCCCCUCUUCCUCCUUUAAAAAACAACAAAAAAAAAACUCCUUCAACCUUGUGAUGACAACCUUUCAGGACUCUGUCGGUGUGUUCACGAACCAAAUGAACAGAUCACAGAACGGCUCAAUUAUUUUUGCAGUCUGACAGAAUUGUUUACAACGAAUAAACAUGCUACGUACUGUACAAACAUUUUAUAUCCUGUGGCUGUGUAUGAUGAACACCGUUCUCUUUGAUACCACGAAAGGAAGCUACACUCAGAAGUUGCAUAUCUGUUUUUGUUUUGUAUUUAAGAAACUGUUCAUGAAGAGUAAUUUAGCACCGAACUGAGAAGCAUUUUGUAUAUUUACAUGCACAUAAGUAGCAAGAUUAUCGUCUGGUUUUGUAGUUUUGUUUUCUUAGGUGUCAUAUAGAGAAGAAGCUCGGUUUAAUUAAACGAAAUAAGGGAUUAAGGGCAACUAGACUAGAUUUCUGCUGCAGGAGAAAAAACCUGAUUUCUGGACCAUGUGAACACUUGGCCUGGUUUGUAAUGAGGUUUUUACAUGCGCAAAAAAAAGUCACGCUGAAGCAGGAAGGAUGUUAUCAUUACUCUAAAGGUAAUUCUUCUUUACAAAAUUAAAGUGUUGAAGUCAGAGGAGCUAAAAUAGCCACUUUAACACCAUGAGACACAUUAGUCAGAGUGAGACAAACUGUCCUCUUUAACUGUGCUAAAGGCUGCAGAGAUUCACUGAGUAUCAUGAAUAAAAAUCUGCACAUUUAGGUGCCGAAGUGAUGACAACGUGGGGAGAAAUCUCAUCUCUGGUUUCUUUUUACGAACCUGGUUUCUUAUGUGAAUGUAAACAUACUUUGCCACUUCGCCGAGCUCCACCGGUCGAGGCGAACGCUUCGGCCGCUGGAGGUCGGCAAAUGCAAGGUGGGCUGUACAAGGUUCAACGUUUUGGCGGGUCAAAGUGUUGUACAUGUGCAUGUGUUCUCCUGUGGACUCUUCUGUUCAGUGCAUGCUGCAUGAGACAAGCACACAGAUGUAAUACUUGACUGCAUGGUAUACCGGCGGCGUCGCCCUCUACUGUGUUUUCUUGUGCAACAAAUAAACUUUGUAUUUCUCUUUGAA